AUGAGCACUUCUCUGAAUUACAAGUCUUUCUCCAAAGAGCAGCAGACCAUGGAUAACCUGGAAAAGCAGCUGAUCUGCCCCAUCUGCCUAGAGAUGUUCACCAAGCCCGUGGUUAUCCUCCCCUGCCAGCACAACCUGUGCAGGAAAUGUGCCAGCGACAUCUUCCAGGCCUCCAACCCGUACUUACCCACAAGAGGAGGCACCACUGUGGCCUCGGGGGGCCGCUUCCGCUGUCCAUCCUGCAGGCAUGAGGUGGUGUUAGACAGACAUGGGGUCUAUGGACUGCAGAGGAACCUGCUCGUGGAAAACAUCAUUGAUAUCUACAAGCAGGAGUCCACCAGGCCAGAAAAAAAAUUGGACCAGCCCAUGUGUGAGGAGCAUGAAGAGGAACGCAUCAACAUCUAUUGUCUGAACUGUGAAGUGCCCACCUGCUCCUUGUGCAAGGUUUUUGGCGCUCAUAAGGACUGCCAGGUGGCUCCCCUGACUCAUGUCUUCCAGAGGCAGAAGUCAGAGCUCAGUGACGGUAUUGCUGUACUUGUGGGAAGCAACGACAGAAUCCAGGGCGUGAUCAGCCAACUGGAGGACACCUGCAAAACUAUUGAGGAGUGCUGCAGAAAGCAGAAACAGGACCUGUGUGAGAAGUUCGAUCACCUAUACGGCAUCCUGGAGGAGAGGAAGACCGAAAUGACUCAAGCCAUCACCCGAACACAAGAGGAGAAACUGGAGCACGUCCGGACUCUUAUCAGAAAGUAUUCUGAGCACCUGGAGAACGUAUCGAAGUUGGUGGAGUCAGGAAUCCAGUUCAUGGAUGAGCCCGAAAUGGCGGUGUUUCUGCAGAAUGCCAAGACCCUGUUGCAAAAGAUUGUGGAAGCAUCGACGGCAUUUCAGAUGGAGAAAAUAGAACAAGGCUAUGAGAUCAUGAGCAACUUCACAGUCAAUCUCAAUAGAGAAGAAAAAAUUAUCCGCGAAAUUGACUUUUCUAGAGAAGAUGAAGAGGAAGAAGAUGCAGGGGAAAUAGAUGAAGAAGGAGAAGGAGAGGAUUCAGUAGAUGUAGAAGAGGCAGAAAUUGUUCAAAUAGCAUCUUCGGGGGAAGAGGAGACUCUGGAAAAAGCUGCGGAGCCCUGUCAGCAGGCUGCAGAGGUCCAGGCUGCCCCAGGGCCACCACUUGCUUCCUCUCCAGAACCACUUUCAUCCAUGCCACCUGCUGCAGAUGUCCUGGUGACACAGGGGGAGGUGGUGCCCAUUGGCUCUCAGCAGACCACACAGUCUGAAACUUCAGGCCCUUCAGCACCGGAAACUGCGGAUCCCUUGUUUUACCCUAGUUGGUAUAAAGGCCAAAGCCGGAAAACCAGCUCCAGCCCACCUUGCACUCCUGGGAGUGAAGGUCUGGGUCAAAUAGGGCCUCGGGGUGCUGAGGAUUCCAGCGUGCAGUCCGCCCAAGUAGCAGAAGCCGCAGCCAAUGAGCAGGCAGCAGUGAGUGGUAAGGAAUCUAGCUCAACUGCAGCUACCUCUCAGAUUGGAUUUGAGGCCCCUUCUCCCCAGGGACAGGCUGCAGCCUUGGGGAGUGGAGGUGGGGCUGGCUCUGAGCCAGCUCGCCACGUCUUCUCCUUCUCCUGGUUGAAUUCCCUGAAUGAAUGACAUUUAUUCUCGCUGCUGUCCCCUGUCUGCCUGGCUGAGAAGCACAGAGGCAGCAGGAAACCUGGGUGGAAACUCACCAGAUUCAUGUGAAGGGGACCUCUGGACGGGAUUUCUGAAAACAACGCAACAGCAACACCCUUUAAUUCCAGAUGACUUAUCUCACUCAUUGAGAAACUGAUGAUGCUCAGAACAAAAUUACAGAAAAUACUCUUUUUGAAGAACCUUGAUCUUAUGCAAAUCUUUUACUGUGUAAGAAACACUCUGAAGGUCGUGUAGGUGUGGUGCAUGUGUGCACAUUAGCUGUAAGUAGCAUGUGGUGACAAAGUGGCAGAACUCGUCCCUCGGUGGGCUUCUUGUUACUUUAGGACACUUGUCCCCUUCUGCUUGUCUCCUUAGCAUUGCAGGUGGUAGGCGACAUUCAGUGUCAGUUCAGAACUGACCGAUUUAUCAAAAUACGGAGAUUGGUCACUGACCAAAGCUAGGCAGGGCGCUAUCGAGGUUCCUCUCUCCUACAGACGUCACGGGAUGCGCAGCCAGAAGUUUCUUUGCACGUGGCCACACUUCCAUAGUCCAGAAGGCCAAAAGUCUAGAGCAACUCUUUUGACAUUUUUCUAAUCUUAUUUACAUAUCUCAUAAUCUUAUAUCCAUAUAUCAGGCAUUUUAAUUGAAGAAUUUCUGGGAGGAACUGUCUACUUAGGUGUCUGCUACCAUAGAAUCAAUUUGAUAAUCUGUGGAACAACUGUAUGUAUUUAAAUAUACAUAUAAUUCUCCCCCUGUUUUCUCUCUCUCUCUCUCCCUCUCUCUCUCUCUCUCUUUCACACACACACACACACACACACACACACACACACACACGUAACUUUAUUUUAAAUGAACUCUUAAAUAAAUGUUUUUAAGAACUUCAGUCUCCUAGCAAUUUAUUCAGUGAUUCAUGUUUUAUUGUUAAGCCAUUAAUCAAGCAUAUUUCAAGGGCCUCAAUAGAAGUACCAUCUUCAUACAUACUAAUUAAUUUUAAAGUAUUAAUUACAGAACUAAAAUUUUUAGAGCUGUAACUAAACUACUAAAGCAAAUGCAUCGUCCAACUAAUUAGAUGUGCUGCUUAAUCUUAGACGCAAAUAACAGUCCUACAAGCUGCAGUUAUUAGGAUUGGGAGAGAGAGAAAUAUGAAAGGUAUUUGUGUAGCUAUUAAAGUCAAAAUGUUUUUCUUUUUUAGAAAAAGAAGCCCAAGUGCCCUUUUACUGCAAAUAUGUUUAUUUACUUGAAAUGUUUGCAUUGUUAUGUUUCUCCUGUCUAAGGCUGGUAAGAUAGUGCAGUGGGUACAAGCACUUGCCUUUGCCCCUGAAGAACCAAGUUCAGUUCCUAGGACUCUCCUACUGGGAGGAAACUGACCUCCACAAGCUGACCUCUGACCUCCACCCAUUUCCCAUGACGCCCACACUUCCCCGGUCCUCAACAAAUCAGGUUUGCAUGCUAUUUCCACUGUGACUGAUCUUCCAGUUGUAAAAUUAUCAAGUUUUAGAGGUGGGAGGAACCUCUAAAGUUAUUUAAUCUCAGAAGGGAAAUCUGAGAUACAGAUUCAAAUUACAGGGCCAAUGUAAGCUAUGUGACACAUGUUCAUGUCUUUAGGAGAAAAUAAAAUGUAGGACGCUUUUUUGAGGGGGGGGAGUUGUUUGUUGUAUUGUUUUUAUUUUCUUGUGCUGAGGCCAUUUCUGUAUGCACACUGAAGAGGAAAGAAUAAAGCUACAACAACCUUUGCAGAUUUUAUUAAAAAUAUAUUCAACGUUCUCUUACACAACCAAAUUGACCAAGGAUCAGAAAGAUGUUUUAUUAUUGAAACAUUUACAAGAAAAAGUUGAUUCAAAGGGCUUACACAUUUCGUCCUAGUCACCCCUCAAGAAUGAAUUCUCUUUCACUGUAGCUCCGAAUAAAAACAACUGGGCGACUCCCAUCUGCUUUUUAAAAGGUUUCCUCCUUGGGUCCACAUUUUCUUUAAGAUAUCGCUAUAAAGACACAUAGAAAUUAAGCAUGGACGAUACAAAUAACGCUGCUUUGUUACUACACAGAAAUACACUGUGCAUGCUAAUUAAGGGGUAUAUAGGCUCUCUCCCUGUACAUC